GAGUAUUUCAAUCCUGGUGGUUCUGUGAAAGAUCGAAUUGCCCUAAAAACCCUCUGCCUUACAAAAUUGUAAUAAAUGAGCCCAAAGAAGAGCCUCUUCCAGAGUCCCCCAGAACAGAGUUAAAAACAAAUAUUGAUGACCCGAAAGAACCUUCUCCUAAAGAAGAAUGAUCAUUCAAUAAAAGGACUCUGUACAUAAGAUUCAUAUGUCAUUUGUCCUUAUUUUGGAAAACCAAUUUUCCAAGGUUUUUUUAGAGGAUCAUAAUCUUUGCCAGAAACGUUUCCACCGCCAUACUAGACAAUUGAAAGAGUUGAAACAGUUUACUACCAAACGCCCAAUUUGCGUUCAAGAUCCACUAGAACUUGGUCGUAACGUAACAUCGGUUGAUGAACUCAAUCUAUCCCGCUUCGUUAUGCAAUGCUCUACUGCCAGAGAAAUUUUGCGCGAUGGCGGAAACUUCAUGAUGAUCGAUUUAUUGUCACCUAUACAAGAGUUGAAGGAGUACUUCGAUGUAUAUUUAUACAUGACAACUAGCAGUGUUCAACACCACAAUCAACUUCUCAAGGCAAAAGACGCCUUGGUAUCAACCUUCGAUCUAAGGGAUAUCUGGUUCACACGAACAAUAAACUUCUGUACCUUGGUUUUCCAGAGAAUUCUUGGAUUGAAAAUAGAGUCGGAAGGACAUUUCAGAAAUAAUCACUCCUACACAGUUUCUUCGAAGCGUCAACCAUGGCGGAGUCAAGAUGUUGAUAUGGAGAUAAUCGAAGAGAAAUUGAAAGUGUGCACAAUUGAUUCGGAAGAAGAUCUAUGGAACAAUUCAUGCGUUGAGUCUUGCAGUUCUUGUUCUGAUGAACCUGAGUUUAGAUGUUCUGUUAUGAUCACUUCCAAUACAACACUGUCUUGUGUAGAAGUGGAGUUCUUUCGGAAUGGCUGUGAUAAAGAUAUGUUUUCUACUUUGGCAAGUUACACGUGUAGAAAUUUGUUGAAAUGGUUUUAUAAGUAUGAGAAUUUGCGUUCAAGAUCCACUAGAACUUGGUCGUAACGUAACAUCGGUUGAUGAACUCAAUCUGUUAUGGUAUUACAGAACUCUAUGUUAAUAACGUUCACGUCGGUAACUGGCAAAUAUAAUACAAUCAUUUGUGUUAUUCACAAUAAAAUAUAAUAUAUUGUAUCUU